AUGGCGCCCCAACUUCCUUCUCGCGUGCAGUCGACGCUGUCGACGUUGCUGCUUUUGGGCCUCUCGCUCUGCCUCGCGCCGGUCUCGUUCGUCAUCUCACUCUUCUUCUCUCUCACCCAUGCUGGUGGUGCGAGGGAUGCAGCGAGCUCGCGCCCAUCGGCUCUUCCGAAUGGCCACACGGCGCAGCGCACCGUGCUUGUCAACGGAGCGCGCAUGCAAAAGUCGCUCGCCAUCUGCCGCACCUUUGCCCGCAACGGCUGGCGCGUGGUGCUGGUCGAAGAGCAAGGCUGGGGCAACCUUGCCGCCACGCGCUUCUCCAACGCGGUCUCCAAGUUUCACCUGCUGCCGUCGUCGGCGUUGCCGGCCGUCAAGAGCUCGCGCUUCGGCGACAAGAGCGGCCGUGCCAUCACGCCGUACAUCGAGGCGCUCGUGCAGAUCGCACUCGACGAGCGGGUGGAUCUCUUCUUUCCCUGCUCGGGCGCGGGGAGCACCGGUCAGGAUGCAGUGGCGGCCCAGAUCCUACUGCAGCACACCCAGGGCCGCGUGCGCAGCAUGAUCCAGACGCCCGAGCUCGUAGAGACGCUCCAUGAAAAGGACCGCUUCAUCGCACUCCUCCAGUCGCUCGACAUGGCUGCACCUCGCAGCGAGAUCGUCUUUUCGGUCGACGAGGCGCUCGAAAAGCUGCGCUCCGAUGGCUACCCGCGCUCCAUCCUCAAGUGCGCGGCCGAGCUUGACGAUGUAGGCCGCGCCGACAUGACGCUCUACCCGCUCUUGCAUGCACGCACCCACGAGCCCGACUGGGAGGCCACCCGCACGCGGCUCUCGAGCCUGUCGAUUCCGCUUUGUGCUCGCACACCGUACAUCCUGCAAGAGUUCAUCGGCGACCGUGCCGACACCGCGGCGGCGCCAGGCAAUGUGGCCAAGGCGUCCGAGUGGUGCACACACGCCACCGUCGUCGACGGCAAGCUCACCGCAUUCGUCUGCUGUCCGAGCAACGACAUGCUCAUGACGUACUAUCCUGCGUCGCACACGGUGGUGGGCGAGCUUGCUCUGCGCUGGACCUCGACAUUUCUGUAUCGGCUGCAGAAGCACGCGCAGGCGUCGAGUGGACAUUCGGAGCCGCCCAGCCCGCUGACUCGGCAGCCGUCGUGGAGCCGCGACACGCUGGUAGGACGCCACGCGCCCGCCGAUGCCGGCAUCACGGGUCAGUUCAGCAUGGACUUUAUCUUCCAGCCUGCGACGCGCGAUGGGCAGGUGGAGCGGUUGGUGGCGAUCGAGUGCAACCCGCGUGUGCACACCGCCAUCUGUCUGCUGGGUGGGCUGCCCGAGCUUGGCGAGGCGCUGGUGCCUGCUUCUAUGGCGCGAUCGCCGCGCACCGAUGCGGCGCAGCAGCUCGCAAAGGCUGUGGCAGAGAUGGACGAGAUGGCUUAUCUGUCGUCGCUCGCGUUGCCGGUCAUGGAGGCACGACCGGCUGAGCAGAGACAAGCACACACGGAUCUGGCCGCGCUGACCGAGUUGCCUCCCACUUGGGCAUCGUCGCGCCUGCGCUUCUACCACGCCAAGAACCUCCUCCAACGCGCCUACACCGCUCCGCAUUCUUCGCUGCCCAACAGCUGGAUCGGACACGAUCUACCGGCGCGUCUGCUUCCCACGGCGCAUGUACUGUCAUCGCCAUGGCUGCAGCAUCUCAUGCGCCUCGUCCAUCCAUUCUGGCCAGCUGCUGCCGUUUCUACCGCAGGUGCAGGCCUCAUCACGCUCCCCAACCCAUCCGCCACCCCAGCAUCGUUUGAUCUCGCAGCUCCAGCUCCUCUGCCUCCCUUUACCGACCCGAGCUUCGCAAAGGACGACCCCUGGCCCUUUUUUGCCCUCUACCACCUCCAGUGGCCACAGCUCCUCCUCUGGCAGCUCCUCGUCCGCCGCAAAAAGUGGUCCCGCAUCAACGUAUCCACCGCACGAAUCUUUGAGUGCUGA